AUGUGCAGGAGACCUGGUGAACCCCCAUUAAUAACAGGAUGGCUUCCUUAUCUUGGACAGAUCCUGAACUUCCAAAAGGAUCCUUUGGCUUUUAUAAAAAGUCUUCAAAAGCAGCACGGUGAUAUUUUCACAAUUCUCCUUGGUGGAAAGUAUAUAACAUUUAUCCUGGAUCCUUUCCAGUUUCAGUUAGUGAUCAAAAAUCACAAACAAUUAAGCUUCAAAAUGUUUGGUAAUAAAGUAUCACAUGAUGCAUUUUCCAUCAAAAGGCUGUUAACGAAUCAAGAGCUGGACCAUGAGCUGCAUGUAUGUUACCAGUAUUUGCAGGGCAAAUCUUUAGACGUGCUCUGUGAAACCAUGGCCCAGACGAUAAAUCACAUUUUUGAAUCCAAAUUAUCAAGUUCCAGAUAUUGGGACACAGUUCAAAUGUUACCAUUCUGUACCACAGUAAUAUUUGAGGUCACAUUUACAUCUCUUUAUGGAAAACUCCUUGUUGCAGAUAGGAAAAAAUUUAUUAGUGAGCUAAGAGAUGAUUUAAUUAAAUUUGAUGAAAAAUUUGCAUAUUUAGCAUCAGGCAUACCCAUUGAGUUUCUGGGGAAUGCCAAAUCUAUGCAAAAGAAAAUUAUAAACCGCUUUACACAAGAAAAUUUAGCUAAGAUGCAAGGAUGGUCAAAAGUUAUUCAAAUGAGGCAAGACACCCUGGAGAAAUACUAUGAGCCUGACGACUUAGAAAUAGGAGCACAUCAUUUCGCCCUUCUCUGGGCCUCUGUAGCAAACACUAUUCCAACUAUGUUCUGGGCGAUGUAUUAUCUUCUUCGGCACCCAGAAGCUAUGGCAGCAGUGCGUGACGAAAUUGACCAUUUGCUGCAGUCAACAGGUCAAAAGAAAGGGUCUGGAUUUCUCAUCAACUUCACCAGAGAACAAUUGGACAGCCUGGUCUACCUAGAAAGCAUCGUUCUUGAGGCUCUGCGACUGAGUUCAUUUUCAGCCACCUUUCGUUUUGUUGAAGAGGAUUUUGCUCUACCUGUAGAAUCUGGAAAAUGCCUUUUGAGAAAGGGAGACUUGGUCGUCAUUUUUCCUCCAGCCUUACACAAUGACCCUGAACUCUUUGAAGCACCAGAGGAGUUUAGAUAUGAUCGGUUUGUAGAAAACGGUAAGAAGAAAACCACCUUUUUCAAAAGAGGAAGAAAGCUGAAUCAUUACAUAGUACCAUUUGGAUUGGGAUCUUCCAAAUGUCCAGGACGAUAUUUUGCAGUUUCUCAAGUGAAGCAGUUGUUGGUUGUACUUGUAACUUGCUUGGAUUUAGAAAUAAUUGAUGCUAAGCCUGUAAAACAGAGCAACGGUCGCCUAUUGUUGGGUAUUUCGUAUCCAAGAUCAGAUGUUUUCUUUAAGUACAAGGUAAAAUCAUGGAGCUGA